AUGGCCAGGCUACGGCGGCGGUCUCUCUGUCUUUUCCUCACCGUUUGGUUCUUUUUGUGUAUUUCCGGUUCGGUUCAUCUGGUUCGAGCUCAAAACAGAACCGGAGCCACUACUGACCCUGACGAAGCUCGAGCUUUGAACUCCAUCUUCGCCGCUUGGAGGAUCUCGGCGCCCAGGGAUUGGAACAUCAGCGGCGAACUUUGCUCCGGCGCCGCCAUCGACGACAGCGUCACGGACGCCAACCCCGCCUACAACCCUCUUAUCAAAUGCGACUGCACGUUCGGCAACUCCACAAUCUGCCGCAUCACACUCCUCAAGGUUUAUGCGAUUGAAGUUGUAGGACCUAUACCUCCCCAGCUCUGGACUUUGCACUACCUCACAAAUCUGAACUUGGGUCAAAAUGUUCUUACAGGCUCCCUCCCUCCUGCUAUUGGUAAUUUGACUCGUAUGCAAUAUAUGACUUUUGGGAUCAACGCCUUGUCUGGCCCUCUUCCUAAGGAAAUUGGUUUGCUUACUGAUCUAAGAUCACUUAGUAUUAGUUCAAAUAACUUUUCUGGUUCUAUACCACCUGAGAUUGGGAGCUGCACCAAACUAGAGAAAAUGUAUAUAGGAAGUUCUGGACUCACAGGGGUAAUACCUCCAUCAUUUGCUAAUCUUGUUCAGCUGGAAGAGGCCCGUAUUACCGAUCUGGAAAUUACAGGUUCGAUACCGGAUUUUAUAGGAAACUGGACCAAACUUACUACCUUGAGAAUUCUCGGAACUGGUUUGACUGGUCCUAUACCAUCGUCAUUUUCCAACUUAACUUCUUUGACAGAGCUGAGGCUUGGUGAUUUAUCAAAUGUAACCUCUUCUCUUGAAUUCAUCAAAGACAUGAGAUCUCUAAGUAUAUUGGUGUUGAGGAACAGCAAUCUCACUGGAACAAUACCCUCUUUUAUCGGAGAAAUUUCAAGUCUGCAACAAGUUGAUUUAAGCUUCAACAAACUACAUGGACAAAUUCCGGCUUCACUUUUCAACUUAAGUCGACUUACUCACUUGUUUCUGGGGAAUAACACGUUGAAUGGUUCCCUGCCCACUCAAAAAAGCCAGACUCUAAGCAAUAUAGAUGUGUCGUACAAUGAUUUGUCUGGAAGUCUUCCUUCAUGGGUUAACUUACCAAACUUGAAACUCAACGUCAUUGCUAACAACUUCAACUUACAAGGUCUUGACAAGAGUGUUUUACCAGGACUAACCUGUCUGCAGAAAAACUUCCCUUGCAAUCGAGGCAAACCAAUAUUUUCUAACUUUUCGAUCAACUGCGGAGGGCCACCAAUACGGUCUGUUAGCGGAGCAGUAUAUGAGAGGGAGGACGAGGAACUUGGACCAGCUUCAUUUGUCGUGAGUGAUGUUCAGAGGUGGGCAGCCAGUAGUGUGGGACUUUUUGCCGCAAGUAGCAGUAAUAUAUACAUAGCUACUUCACAAUCACAAUUUAUCAACACGUUGGACUCUGAGCUUUUUCAGUCAGCAAGACUUUCUGCAUCUUCCCUAAGGUAUUAUGGGUUGGGGCUAGAAAAUGGAGUCUAUACAGUAACACUUCAGUUUGCUGAAAUACAAAUUCUUGGUUCUACUUCAAACACUUGGAGAGGUUUAGGAAGAAGACGUUUUGACAUUUAUGUCCAGGGAAGACUUGUUGAAACGGAUUUUGAUAUACGCAGAACAGCUGGUGACUCUACUGUCUUCGCAAUUCAGAAAGUAUACAAAGCAAAUGUAUCAGAAAAUUAUCUCGAAAUUCAUCUUUUCUGGGCUGGAAAAGGAACAUGCUGCAUUCCCAUUCAAGGGGCCUAUGGGCCAUUAAUAUCCGCUGUCAGUGCACAACCAGAUUUUACACCAACUGUGGGCAAUCAGCCACCAUCAAAGGGAAAGAACAUGACUGGUACUAUUGUGGGUGUCAUUGUUGGCGUCGGACUUAUAAGUAUCUUAGCAGGUGUGGUUAUCUUCAUCAUCCGAAAAAGAAGAAAGCGGUACACAGAUGAUGAAGAGCUUCUUAGUAUGGACGUAAAGCCUUACACCUUUACUUACUCGGAACUGAAGAGUGCAACUCAAGAUUUCGAUCCCUCUAACAAGCUUGGGGAGGGAGGAUUUGGGCCUGUUUAUAAAGGAAAACUCAAUGAUGGAAGAGAAGUAGCAGUGAAGCUGUUGUCGGUGGGAUCCCGGCAAGGGAAGGGACAAUUUGUUGCAGAAAUUGUAGCGAUUUCGGCAGUUCAACAUCGCAACCUAGUAAAACUGUAUGGGUGCUGCUAUGAAGGAGAUCAUCGUUUGCUCGUAUAUGAAUACCUUCCUAACGGAAGUCUUGAUCAGGCUCUAUUCGGGGAUAAGACUUUACAUCUUGAUUGGUCAACCCGUUAUGAGAUAUGUCUUGGAGUUGCCAGGGGUCUAGUCUAUCUCCACGAGGAGGCGAGGCUUCGCAUUGUACACAGGGAUGUGAAGGCCAGCAACAUUUUACUUGACUCUAAUCUGGUCCCAAAAGUUUCUGAUUUUGGGCUUGCAAAGCUAUACGAUGACAAAAAAACUCACAUAAGUACCCGAGUAGCAGGGACAAUUGGAUAUCUUGCGCCAGAGUAUGCCAUGCGUGGACAUCUAACAGAGAAAACUGAUGUGUAUGCCUUUGGUGUUGUGGCUCUUGAGCUAGUCAGUGGAAGACCAAACUCUGAUGAGAACGUGGAGGACGAAAAAAGAUAUCUUCUUGAAUGGGCAUGGAAUCUACACGAGAAAAGUCGCGAAGUGGAACUUAUUGAUCGUGAGCUAACUGAAUUCGACAUGGAAGAAGUGAAGCGCAUGAUAGGCAUUGCUCUGCUGUGCACGCAGACAUCACAUGCCUUGAGACCACCAAUGUCACGAGUGGUGGCCAUGCUUUCAGGAGACGUUGAGGUGAGUGAUGUCACCUCUAAGCCAGGCUACCUAACCGACUGGAGAUUUGACGACACCACAAGCUCUUCUCUAAGCGGAUUUCAAAUCAAAGAGACGUGGGCUUCUGAUUCCUUGUCCACGAGCUUUGUGGCGCCUGGCUCCGAGAUAUCACCGGGAAGCACCGACUCUAAGCCGAUGCUUGGAGUGAAGAUCAAUCAGGGAAGAUGA